AUUUCCGUCUACAAUCGCUCGAAGGAAGGUGAAAUGGAGGUAUCCAAACAACCCGUCGAGCUCCUCAUGAUGUGCGUUCCACUGAAGCACGACCCGUUCACCCCAUUCCCCAACGCCCAAUACCGCGCAGAGGUCUCACCCUACGAAGAACUGUUCGAGCACAGGACAGAGGAAACCACGCGCAUUAUAUCCCACCUUAUUGUCGACAUCUACCGGCAGUGCCUAUCUCAGCGCCGCCGCUUCAUGUUCUCUGUUCUCUUCCUCGAGGACUACGCCCGGCUCAUCCGGUGGGACUGGGCAGGCGUAGUGUUUAGCGCGCGGUUCAACUGGAAGGCGGGCGACCCAUUUCUGGCUGAAUUUUUAUGGCAGUACAACCAGAUGUCAGCUGAUGACCGCGGACACGACGAGACGCUGUCGAAGCCCACUGCGAACGAGAUCUCACUGACCAAAGAAAAGCUGGACGAGCACGCGAGGGGCUUAGCGAGGGCGAAGGGAGAGGAUCCGCGUGCUCCUCUGCCGAGGCGAUAUUCUACGGACGACACGUUCGUCAAGUUCCUCGUCGAUGAGGAAAACGACGAUGGUAGGGAGGUUGUCGCGGUUGAACACUUCUUCGUUGCGUCCUUGCCACAGACCUUGGACCCUCCCGAGACGGGGAACGGGAUGGCCACGUACGAGGCUCUGGACCUGCAAACGGGCAAGCUUGUCUACCUUAAAGAUACGUGGCGCCCGCGCGACCCACUGUUCCAAGACGAGCGCCGGACGUACAGGGCGCUCGUGGGCAACUAUGUGCCGCGCCUCCCGCCCCUCGUGUGCGCAGGUGUCGUCGGCGGGCAGAUUACGUGCACAGACCAGGCCGCAGGGCAGCCUUGGUGCUGCAGCGGCGCUUUUCCGGGCUCGUAUGAGCACUACCGCAUCGUGUACGGUGCGCUUGGCCGCCCGCUGUCCGAGGCCAACUCGACGAAGGAGCUCUGUCAAGUUAUCUACGAAGCCGCAGAAAGCCACUACCUGGCGACGUACCGUACGGCGCUGAUCCACUGCGACAUCAGUGGCGACAACAUCCGAAUCACCAACGACGGGCACGCGCUCCUGCUGGGCUGGGAAUCGUCGCAGAUGAUGAAAAAGGACGCGAAGACCGAUGAAAUCGGCGCGAUCGGAAAAUGGGAGUUCCUCUCCGCGACCAUCCAGUCCGGAGACAAAAACUGCCACGCAUUCGUCGACGACGCCGAGUCCUUCCUCUACGUCCUGUUGUACUACAGCAUCCGCUACCACGCGCGCACCCCGCCCGACGUGCCCGCGCUGCGCGCGACCUUC